AUUUCGCUAAUAUUUCUCACCUGCGUCUCUCCAUCUUCUUCUUCCAUCGACCAUUUUCGGCUUCUUUGCCAUCUCGAUCCUCCAUUCCCACUUUUCAAAACCAUGGAGAACAAGCCCACCUUCAUAGUCGAAGAGAGGAAAGAGCUCUUGCUCUCUCCGAACGGCGACGCGCCCCCUGCUCUCAGAACGGGUCACUUCCUCAAACCCUCCGCGACAGAGCCCAACCCGCCGCCUCCUCCGCUCUUUUCGACCUUAUCGCCGCCAGAGAAGUUGCCCAUCGGCAUCAACUUCGACAACUGGGGUCGCCCAACCAAGAGCUGGACCACGUGGGUCGAUAGCAAGGAGUCCGCGCACGGGCUCACAUGGAAAAGAGCCGGCUUUUACGAGGCCAUUAAGUGUUCGACGUUCCUGAUCCGAAAACACCCUAGCUUAGUCCUCGGGCUUGCUCAGUAUUGGUGCCCCGACACGAACACCUUCGUUUUCCCCUGGGGCGAAGCCACCAUCACGCUCGAAGACGUGAUGGUCUUAGGGGGUUACUCGGUUUGGGGAUCCUCCCCUGUUUUGAGCCAUCUCAGGGACCACUCAGGGGAGGUUGAGAUGAAGCUGAAGCGAGCGAUGUCCGAGAUAUCAAAAACCACAGCGAAGAAUGCGGACAGCUCCAAGUGGAUGGAGAAGUUUAGGGACUCUGAGAGCGACAUUGAGCACGAGGCCUUUCUCGCGUAUUGGUUGUCGAGGUUUGUGUUCCCCCGCUCUGGCAAUGUGAUCAAUAAGAGGGUACUGCCGACGGCCAUAGGUCUGGCUAGAGGUGUGAGGAUCGCGCUUGCGCCAGCUGUUUUAGCUCGUAUUUAUAGGGAGUUAAGUAGGCUGAAGAAUUUUUCAGAUGCACUAGUUUCCAGGUUGAAUGAUGGAAAUGAAUCGGAUGCAAUUGAUCUAAAACUGUCGGGGCAGUUUGCUUUGGUUCAAGUAUGGGCUUGGGAGAGAUUUGGAACCACCAUCAGGCCAAAUCCUAGAGCGGUUCAUCCAGGGAAGCCUAGGUUGGGUCGAUGGCACAAAUUGACAAACUUGGACCUUGAAAAUGUGCAUUCGUUGAUGGGCGAAGCCGGAGUGCAGUUUAAAUGGCGUCCCUACAGCUUGGCCGUGAAUAACUUGGUGUCCUAUGCAUUUUAUGGUGAGAAUGAGAACUGGCUGUCGCUGGAGGAGGAUGGUGAUGGGGAGCUGAGAUCAUUCGCUCACUGCUUGAUGGCUCGUGAGUUGCCAGGGCUGAAUUUUGUUCAGAAGUACUCGCCUCAUCGAGUGGCCAUGCAAUUCGGGAUGGAUCAAGAUAUGCCUGGUCGUGUUGCUCCCUGCAACCAGGACCCUGAAAUUGCUUGGGACAACUACAAUAAGUCACUCCAAGAUGUGCAGCUGUACAUUCCAGCCAGGCUUUACGAACCGUGCGUAACAGCUCGCUAUGCUGAGUGGUGGGCUUCAAGAAGUUCAAAUGGAUCGAUGGAGGGUUUAAAAGGAAGGUCGGGAGUUAUUGAUGACCUGGUUCCUCCCGGUUUUCAGCCCAAAAGGAUAAGUGUGGACAUGGGUGACUCCAGCGAAAAUGACGACAGGCUAACUCUGGGGGAACUUUUGAGGUCCCAAAGGCGAAGAAGUGCUGCCAAGAACUGCUCGGUUGGCGACUGCAACAAUUGCUCGGGGAUUGAUCGAACGCAGAGUUCCUCCAUACAGAAUGCGGAAAACACUGACAUUGAAAUGAGAGGGUCUCCAAUGAAACCUGUGGAGACGAACAGGCCGCACGAUGCUGUUGCAGGAGGAGCUCAAAGAGAUAAUGAGGAAGGCACAAGUGGAUUAGAUCAGAGAUUUACUGAAGGAGGUUUAGCCGACGAAACUGCGGGAGAAAGCAGUGAGCGUUUAAUGAUUGCAACCCUAGCGCUGGAACUCGAAGCUCGGCUAAGCAAGCUGGAGAGAGCAGUUGCUGAGCGAAAAGCUCAGAUUACAAAAUGA